AUGCGGCGUGCACCAAGAGGUACUUCAAGAGGAGGCGCAAGAGGCGGCGAUAGAGGUGGCCUUAGAGGCGAUAGAGGUGGAAGAGGUGGAAGAGGUGAUAGAGGUGGCUUCAGAGGAGACAGAGGUGGUAGAGGCGGCAGAGGCGGCAGAGGUGGCAGAGGCGGAAGAAGAGGUGGUAGAAGAGGUAAUGACGAGAAGGUUUGGACUCCAGUCACCAAGUUGGGUAGACUUGUCAAGGCCGGUAAGAUCACCUCCGUCGAAGAGGUCUACUUACACUCUUUGCCUGUUAAGGAAUUCCAAAUCAUUGACCGUUUGUUGCCAAACUUAGACGAGAAGGUCAUGAAGGUUAUGUCUGUUCAAAAGCAGACCAGAGCUGGUCAGAGAACAAGAAUGAAGGUUGUGAUGGUUGUUGGUGAUAACAACGGUCAUGUUGGUCUCGGUGUUAAGGCUGCCAAGGAGUUGGCUACUGCUAUUAGAGGUGCUAUUACAAUCGCCAAGUUGGCUAUUAUCCCUGUCAGAAGAGGUUACUGGGGUUCUAACUUGGGUGCUCCUCACUCCAUCGCCUCCAAGACAUCUGGUAAGUGUGGUUCCGUUAUUGUCAGAUUGAUUCCAGCUCCAAGAGGUUCUGGUAUCGUUGCCUCUCCAGCUGUUAAGACUCUUUUGCAGUUUGCUGGUAUUGAGGAUGUCUACACUACCUCUGCCGGUUCUACCAGAACUUUGGAGAACACUUUGAAGGCUACUUUUGCCGCUCUUGGUAACACUUACGGUUUCUUGACUCCUAACUUAUGGAAGGAGUUUGCUUUGACUGACUCUCCUUUGGACGUCUACGCCGAUGAAGCUUUGAGUGCCAAGAAGAACUAA